AUGAACAGCCAGAACUGGACACAAUACCGGGGGCGGUGCGGUGCGGCGGGGAUUGCGGCUUUCCUUGGUGCUCCAGCAGCUGAACCUGAUCUGAUUCUGCAGCAGCCGGAUUGUGUGGAAAUGGGGCGAAGACCUACUACACCUGGAACUGAUUGGGCGAUAUGGCAGGGUGAUCAAAUCAAGCUGCUGCCAGAAAUGGAUAGCAAGGAUGAAGACAAGGGCUAUCCGUUUCACUGA